AUGGCAAUUGGGUCCAAGUCGCUGAGCCACCCAUGGACUGUACUUUGGGCUCGACCGACAUCACUGUCAAAUGUCUAUGCAUUGUGUGGUGCAUUCGGUAUUUAUAACAAUAAUUCAUCUAACCCUUGUGAUUGUCCAAAAGGGUUUGAACCAUUUUCAGAUAUCGAGAACAGACUAAACGAUUGGUCAGGUGGUUGUCAAAGGAAACACCCUUUACAAUGUGAAAACCGUAAUGGCAAAAAAGAUUGGUUCCUAAAAAUAUCAAACGCGAUAUUGCCUGUUAACUCGAAAGCAUAUUCGCCACAGAGUGCUAGGAGAUCAUGUGAAUUAACUUGCAUGAAUAAUUGUUCUUGCACGGCUUAUGCUCUUAACAGCAGCGGGUGUAUGAUAUGGGAAGGAUCUCUUUUGAACUUACAGCGAUCCUCAGAUAAUGGUGAGGCAGGACAGGAUAUAUUUCUCAGACUCUCUGCCGAAGAGCCUCAAAAUACCAAAGGCAACAAAUGGGAAGUAUGGGUGAUUGUGGCCUUGCCGGUCCUUGUAAUGGUGCUAAUCUUUUGCCUCUUAGUUGGUUUCUCAAGCAAGGGAAAGCUCAAAUGCAAAGGAGAUGUGGUUUCAAGCAAUGAUCUACUGUUAUUUGAUUUUAAUACUGAACUUCAUGCAAUCAAUGACGAAACAAACACUAGAGAUAAUGCGACAAAAAGUGGAAAGAAAGAUGUGGAGUUACCGCUAUUUAGUUAUGAGAGUGUAUCAGCUGCAACCAAUAAUUUCUCAAAUGCAAAUAAGCUUGGAGAAGGAGGGUUUGGACCUGUUUACAAGGGGAAGUCACUUAAGGGCCAAGAAAUUGCAGUUAAAAUGCUUUCAAACAGAUCUACACAAGGGCUUGACGAAUUCAUGAAUGAGACAACACUAAUCGCAAAACUCCAGCACAAACACCUUGUUAGACUCUUGGGUUGCUGUAUGGAAGGAGAUAAAAAAAUUCUAAUAUACGAGUACAUGCCGAACAAAAGUUUGGAUUUCUACCUUUUCGAUCCAACCAAGAAAAAGAUGCUAGAUUGGGGGACACGCAUACACAUUAUUAAUGGGAUUGCUCAAGGACUGCUUUAUCUUCAUCAGUAUUCAAGGUUAAGAAUCAUACAUAGAGAUAUGAAGCCCAGUAACAUUCUCUUGGAUGGUGAAAUGAACCCGAAAAUAUCAGAUUUUGGCAUGGCUCGAAUAGUUGGAGAUAACGAAGCACAAGCAAAUACAAACAGAGUUGUUGGAACUCAUGGCUACAUGUCGCCCGAAUAUGUUAUGGAGGGUCUAUACUCGAUAAAGUCUGAUGUGUUUAGCUUUGGAAUAUUGCUACUAGAGGUUGUGAGUGGCGAGAAGAAUACAGGCUUCUAUAACAGAGUCACUCAACCUUCUUAG